AUGAUGUCUCUCGUCCGAACUAUCUACAAGACCACGUGCGCCACCGAGGAAGAACUCAUUCAAAAGGCUAGCCAGAUCUGGGGUGAUGAUAUGGGUAGCCGGCGAAGGAUCAUCGCCACGCUGGUCUUCAUGAAGCAGGCGAGCCGCAUCGAGGACUUUAUUGAGGAAAAGAUCUUCGAUCAUCACUUACCACUGUGCCAUGAGAGCAAGAGCAGGAAAGAGUUCAGAACCCUUGUUGGUGGUGACCGAACCAACACAACACUGUUCCGAAGUUGGGAGCGCGUUCAUGUCGAUCUAUUCUAUGUUUACCAGAAAAUGAUCUUCGUCCCUUUCUUGAGCAUGGAAGAUGGCAUCCUCUGCUCAUAUGUAUUCGAUGGCAACGUCAGGCUUCCAUGGGACAAGUUCGAGCAGAAGACGGCUGGUGGGCACGGAACAAUCCACCGGCUCGAGAUUCACCAGAGCCACCACGACUACAACAGUCACAACACCCAGGAGAGACCGACCUGUUUUGCGGUCAAGGAGAUAAAUGGUGCCAACCACGAAUCCUAUCGCAACGAGCUUCGAGCCCUGGAGCGCUCAUGCGCCAAGGUACAGAAGGAAAAACAUCUGAUAAAGCUACUUCUCACUUUCCAGCAUGGUAACACGCCAUACCUUGUCUUUGAGUGGGCAGAUGGUAACCUGGAGGAAUUCUGGAAGAAGAAACAGGUUAAGACAUCACCUUCGGCGACAAAUUGGAUGGCACAGCAAUGUCGCGGUAUCGCAAAUGCUAUCAAACGCAUUCAUGGACUUACAACAUGGCAGAAGGAGGAGAGGUCAUUAAACCCCAACUCCGAUGAGGUGUUUGUCAAGGAUUGGGGGCGGCAUGGAGACAUCAAGCCCACCAACAUCUUGUGGUUCUCAACCCAUGGAGAAGAUCGGGACCACCUCGUUGUUGCUGACUUGGGAUUGACCCGAUACCACUCCAGCCUCACGAAGUCACGCGUCAUGAGAGUGGACGGUUACACCGGGACCUACCGAGCUCCAGAAAUCGACCUUGGCAACCCCAUCUCUGCGAAGUAUGACAUAUGGUCCCUCGGAUGCGUUUUUCUCGAGUUCUGCAUCUGGUUUCUACUUGGGUAUGACGACGUUGAGAACUUUCAGAGAGACCGCAAUCUCAAUCGCUUGUCGGAUGAUGAGGACGACAUAGAAGAGCCUGAUCACAGUUACUUCGUGACUUCGCAAAUGCCUCACGGGGGCAAGCGAGCUAAGCUCCACCCAGCUGUGCAGAAGUGGGUCAAAAAAUUGAGGAAUUUGGUCCCAUCUACAAGCUUCGCACACCACAUGCUGGAUCUGAUCAUGAACGGAAUGCUUGUUAUUGAUCCUAAAGGAAGACACUCCAUCGACAUCAUCUCGCUGGAACUGUCACGUAUUGAAUCCAGGCUGCCACAAACAUCUGAAGGCCUCACCCCUUUCCCGGUUACUAAGGACAAAACCUAUCCGUCACCGGAGCCAAAGUCUUCCAAGGUGAGUUUCCUCAUCGUUCUGAUAGAGACAUUAUAA